GCAAACAUACACGUACUAGCAUGUAUGUAAAUUACAAAUAUGUUUAUUAAUAACUUUGAAACUUCAGUUUUUUAGUUAUGAUAAUUAUCGUAUUAGAAAAUAGUACCACAAAACAAUAAAGACUUAUACUCGUUAUCACAACGGGAAUCACCCAUAUUUUAACUGCAAUACACUCUAAUAAAAACUCACUAUCGCAUCAUAAUGUUAUCAUCUCAGUAGAUUUACGCUUGAAGGUUCAUCGUGUCAAGUUCCACAGAAACACAUCACACUCUAAGAGAUUAACAACUCAACAAUGAAGGAUUUACUGCUACUCGCAGUUGUAUUGCUGAUAUGUACGGUAACGUCACAAAAAUCGCUAAAAACUAUAACCGACGUGAGGAAUUGCCAUUGCAACAAGGAAUUUGAACCUCUAGGUGAUCCUGAAAAUGGAUACCAAUGCAAAGGAAAAACCCUGAAGAUUAUCGUGCCGUGCAACUUGAUACUCAGACCGAAAUGCGCCUGCACUGAUGCAACUGGUAUACUGACGGACCAUGAGGGCACUUGGUGCACUAGAUAUUCGGGUGGCAGGGAAAUUAAAAGAUGGACAUGCGAGAAUGGAGGCGACUGGGAGAAUUUCUACGCCCAACAUCCAACUGGAGUACCAAAACGUUCGUGCUGUGGUCGAGUGUCAAGUCAAAGCGAGUACCUAGUUAAAAUGAUCAAGUUCAGCCUUUUCGUGUUCUUGCCAAUAGCGCUGAUAUUAGCUGAAGACUUGUCUGAUUGCAAAUGUAAGGAUGGUUACUCCGCUCAUAAAGAUACCUACGGUAAUAUGUAUUGUCGUGGAAACGUUGUGAAAUCAGGAAAAUCCAUCUUGCCUUGUAACAUUAUCUUUAAACCAGAUUGUGUCUGCAGCAAUGAAGCCACCAGUGUUGUGCAGGAUUCUUCAGGAACUUGGUGUGGAAGAUUCAUCGAUAGCAAGGAAUAUCGUCGUUGGGAAUGCGAAAAUAAGGAAGACUGGGAAGCUUUCUAUCAAAAACAUCCCGAAGAGAAACCGAAAUCUUAGAAUAUACACAACAUUGUUUUAUUAUUAAUAACCUAAUUUGUUUUAUUUGAAAU